AGAUGCAGAAACUGUUGAUGUUGAUCUUGAUGUUGAUGAAGGAGAUGAUGAAGAAGUUGCAGAUAAUAAGGGUGGUGGUCAUAGAGUAUCUUGGGUAUUGCAACAUUUUGAUCGAGAGGCCGUAAAGAAGAGUGCUAAGAAAGUGAAAUGGCCAUAUUGUCCAACAAUGAUGUGUGCAAAUUCAAAGAAAAAUGGUACGAGUGCAAUGGGAAGUCAUUUAAGACUCUAUUGUCCAAAAUCUCUUGUUGACGACCCUAAAGGUAAAGUUGGUGAUACAAAAAAACAAUCUGUGUUGAGUUUUAAAAAAUUGGGAGACUUGGGGGCUACUUCUUUGGAAGUUCUUUCCUUCAGCCAAGAGAAAUGUAGGAAUUCCUUAGUCCGCAUGUGUAUUAAAGACAAUCAACCUUUUAGUAUAGUUGAAGAUGAAGGAUUUAGUUGAAGAUGGGGUUAAUAAAACAGAGCUUGUGAUUUAUUUAUCAGAUGGGAUGGAAAAGCGGGCGGAGGAUUUCCAGAUUUUAGAGUAGUGGAAAUCUAAUUCAACAAAGUUUCAUGUACUUUCUGAAAUGGCGAAACUUGUAUUAGUAAUGCCAAUCUCUACAGUUGCAUCAGAGUCGGCAUUUAGUACUGGCGGGAGGGUGAUUGAUGAAAGUAGAAGCUCCCUUACACAUGUGACUGCCGAAGCUUUGAUUUACGCACAAGAUUGGAUAUGGGACACCCCAAUUGAUAUCCUAUUUAAAAAAUAUGACGACUUUAUACAUGGAAGAGACGCGAGAGAAGUUGGUGCCAAUAGAAACCGGAAUUGGGGUGUGGUCAAGGGAGUUGCAUGGAUGAGGAUUUACUUGAAUUUUAAAGAUGAAUUGGGAAUUGGUGAAGAGAUUUAUGUGGAUGUGGAUUGAAGAUUCAUGUUUGCAUGUUUUGGUUGUAAUCGACUAUUUGACUAUUCCGGACUUUGUGUUUUAGUUUGAUUGUGUGUUUGGUUGUAAUUGUCUAAUCGACAAUUCCAGACUUUGUGUUUUAGUUUGAUUGUGUGUUUGGUUGUAAUAGUCUAAUCGACAAUUCCGGACUUCGUGUUUUACUUUGAUUGUGUUUUGGUUGUAAUAAACCAUUUCGGAUUUUGUUUGUAACUUGUAAUAAACAAUUGGUUGUAAAA